UUUAUACUAUUGAUAAAUGACAUUUACUCUUUUAUAUAGACAGGAUCGGUAACCCCUCAGUCAAAUAAUUUUUUAAAAGGCAAGAAAUAUACACCAAAUCCAAAAAUGCUGAUGUAGCUGAAAAACAUGAAUCUCAGGAAUAGUACGCAUGUGACAGAAUUCAUCCUCUCCGGUCUCUCCUCUGACCCGAACCUUCAGCUGCCUCUCUUUCUACUCUGCUUCUCAGUGUACAUGGUGACUCUGCUUGGAAACUUUAUGUUAGUUUUGGUAAUUUUUGUGACUCCUAUUCUUCAAACACCAAUGUACACUUUCCUAAUGAACUUAUCCGUUAUAGAUAUAUUUUAUUCAUCAGCUAUUACCCCAAAUGUUAUGUUCAAUAUCGUCUCUAUAAACAAGACAAUCACCAUCACGGGAUGUGCCACACAAAUGUUUCUUUUCAUAGAUCUUGCAGGCUCUGAAGUCAUGUUACUACCCGCCAUGGCCUAUGAUCGCUAUGUAGCCAUAUGUAAGCCAUUGUAUUAUGCCAGGUUUAUCAACAGGGCAACCUGUUUUCAGCUCCUCUCCUCAAUAUAUACAGCAGCAUUUGUGAAUGCAUUAAUACACACAUAUUGUGCAUUUACAUUACCAUUCUGCAAGUCAAAUCGAAUCAAUCAUUUCUUCUGCGAUAUCAAUCCUAUUUUAAAAUUGUCGUGUAAAGAUACCUUUGUUAAUCAAAUGUUGGCAUUUGUUGUUGCUGGAUCUCUUGAAGUGGGUUCUUUAUUAUGUAUAAUGACAUCAUAUAUCUGUAUUUUAAGUGCUCUAUGCAGAAUUGGCUCUUCUAAAAGAAUCAAGCCACUGUCUACCUGUGCCUCUCACUUUACCUGUGUAGCAAUGUUUUACUGUCCAGUUUUCUUCACCUAUCUACGUCCAAAUUCUGCCUAUUCGGUGGAGCAGGACUGGGUGGUGUCUGUGUUCUAUACAUUGAUCAUUCCAAUGUUAAAUCCCAUCAUCUAUAGCUUGAGGAACCAAGAUGUAAAACAAGCUCUGACUAAACUGAUGGCAUCCACCAUGGCCCCCUGAUUCAGUACUGCUGUAUGUCCCUCAAACUUAAACUUUGUUGAAGUCAUUUUUUUUUUAUGAGGGA